AUGUCGGCGUGGCUCGGCCGGGCAGCGCUGCUGCUGGGGCGGCCGGGGGGCCCCGCUGCACCCUCCUCCUCCUCCUCCCGCCUGGGCUCGUUGCGGGGCCCGCCGCGGUGCUGUUGCCGCCGCCGCCUAGGCUCGCUGCGGGGCGGCGCCGACGGGCUGCUGCCGGCUCGGGGAGCGCCGCCCGGGCGGGCGCUGGGCACGCACCCCAAGAAGGAGCCGAUGGAGGCGCUGAACACGGCGCAGGGGGCCCGCGACUUCAUCUACAGCCUGCACUCCACCGAGCGGAGCUGCCUGCUGCGGGAGCUGCACCGCUUCGAGUCCAUCGCCAUCGCGCAAGACCCCAUAGCAGCUCGGGCAAGCUGUCAGCAAUAUGGGGAGACCCGGGCAAAUCAAGAAUCCAGUGGGGCCUGUUCCUCAGCCCAUUCGCAGGCCUACCACCCGAAGGAAGCAGUUCCACCAUCUAAUUGCCCUAGCACGAAAUAUGACAGGACACACUAUCUGUGGCCUCCGCUGAUGGCAGAGGCUGCGGGGAAACCCUGCCGCUGCCCUCACUGCUGCGCUGAAGGAUGGUCCUCAGAGAAGUUGGAGGUUGCACCACCAUCUCCAGGACAACUGAGACACGUGUUCUUCCACAAUGCAUUACCUUUUGUAGGGUUUGGAUUUUUGGAUAACGCAAUUAUGAUUGCUGCGGGAACCCAAAUAGAAUUGUCCAUUGGAGUUGUCCUAGGAAUCUCAACCAUGGCAGCUGCUGCUUUGGGAAACCUUGUUUCAGAUUUAGCUGGACUGGGUCUUGCAGGUUAUGUAGAAGCUUUGGCUUCACGGCUGGGUCUCUCAAUCCCUGAUCUGACGCCCAAACAAGCUGACAUGUGGCAAACACGUCUUAGUGCACACUUGGGUAAAGCUAUUGGAGUGACCAUUGGCUGCAUUUUAGGAAUGUUUCCUUUGUUGUUCUUUGGCGAUGAGGAAGAAAAACUGGAAGAAAAAAAUUAACGUUUUUACGAGACGUACACAGAUGUAAACUAAUGUACCUCAAUUACUCAAUUAUGCUGUCAAUAUUUAGGAAUUAACAGACAGUAAAAAUGUAUAGACUUGGGAACAAAACCUUCAGCAUGUCAUUUUAUGGAAACACUAAUUUAUUGUGGCUUUGUUGUGUUCAGUACUUCUUUUUACAAGAUACCAUUUAGCUUUCUAUUUAAUGUACAUUUUUGAAGUGUUUUCACUUAUGGCAAAUGAUGUUUACCACUUCCCCUUUUGACAUUAUUCUUUAACAGAUUAUGACUUUAGUAGUCCACUGUGGAUGACAGUAACACUCUUGAGUUGCGUAUUGGUUGCUUAACAGAUGUAAUUGCAUGACAAAAAAUUUGCAGCUGUUCAUCAGGUCCUUCAAUACAGAUUAUUGAGGAGGUCAGUUAUGAGCAAUUUGAAGAUCCCUCACUUGACAAGAAGGCUGAGUGCCCCCUCACCAACUCUCAUUCUGCACUGCCUUUACAUCAGGUAUUUCAGUGAUCAGCAUCAAUCUAAUUUGCUUUCUUUAUAAUUCUGAAUCUCUGAAUUGUCAUCUGAGGUGAUCAUUCUAAUGCCCUGACCAAGGUAAGUGAUUGCAGUGUAAUAUCCUUUCCAAGUUCAUCUUUAGUAGUGUCUUAACUCUGCCUUCUGUACUUCUGUAUUAAUGUCUCUUCUUUCCUUUUUUCUUCCUGAUAAACAAUAACUUGAGAAUUCAGUUGAGGUCUCCUUCAGCUUAUCUUCCUGAGCUUCUCAUGUAUUAUCGAAGAGUUCAGAUUUCCUAAUUCAAAAGCACUUUUUUCUUUCUUUCUUUAAAAAAGUUCUGUUUAAAGUGAGGCGUGAAUGGCUGAUGGGGGCUGCCGAGGCUGGGGAGCCUUUCAAGAUACGAAUGAGUAUUGGCAUUGCAAGUCUGUGAUGGGUGGCUUAAACGAAACAAUAAAAUAUUCAUAUGCUGUCAGUCUGGAUUAGAGGACCUGGUUUGCAGAUUAUAACGUCGGAUUUAUGAUUAAACUUUUUUUUUUUUGCUGUGAGACUUCUGAAAAAAAAGAAAAAAGAGAAAAAAAAAUAAGACUUGAGGCCUUCUUCCUGUUCCUGCCUUUUGUUUUUGCAGUCUUAUUUGAUGUAUUAUAGAUCUGACAGUGCAGUCACAUGUAACUGUGCUUUUUUAUAUGUUCAUAAAUUAUAAUUACAAUUAUCAAGAGAAUUUCAGGAUCCACUUUGCCAAAUAACAAUGCUAAGCUGAUAACUAUUUGUUCAAGGGGGGCUUUCUUACCUCUUUCAAUACCAUUUGGAAACAAGAUUAAAAGAGGGACAGCCUAGGCACUUUGAAAGUUCUGUCACUGGAAUUGUUAGCACUUCUGAAACCAACAAAUAAAUGGUUUAAAAGAAAAUUCCAUCCCAUGAUUUUUAUUUGCUAUACAGUCUGAUUGUAACCUGGACGUUUACAGAGCUCUCUGCUUAUCUUUUGGCCAUAAAUCUGUCUUCUCUGUUCUAAUUUCUAGAAGCCCCUUAAACAGCAGUGCUGAAACUUUGACACCAAGCUUUAAUGAAGGUCACCAUGUUAUAUCUCUUUGUGAAAAGCAGGCUCUGAAAACUUGGAGACAGUAGGCCUGGUAGCAUAUGCUGUCUUUUGUGUGUUAACCUAAUCCUGACCAAACUGUAAAACUGAAAGAAGUCUCAGCUAAGCAAGAAUAACACUAAAUACAGAAGUGUUCUGGCUUGCACUUUCAAGGUGGAGAGCUUUUCUUUAAAAACAACAACAACAGCAACAACAAAGAGGGUCCUGUUAGAAGAUAAUGCAUUUCCCAGUAGUGGGUUUACAGUAUGUCAGUAAUAAGGUUUUUUUGCUUGUUUUUUUUUGUUUUUUUUUGUUUUUUUAAGUUUCAUUUAAUUUUAUUUUUUCAGACGCCCAUGUUUGCCUUGCCUUAAGCUCUGACUUUUCUCCCUGUGUAUUUCUGUUUCUGGUAUGUUUCUAGAAAAACUGUAUGUAUUUUCUUUUCUUUUUUUUAAUUGAAAUGCACAUUAAAACAAUUUUGCAUAACUUUUUUGCAUUUUUUUUAAAUGAGAAUUCCAAUGGUGUUUCCCAUUGCAAUACUUGGCAUCUUCAUUGGAAUCUUUCACAAGCAGCCAAACCUCUUUCUUUGCUGUCAUUCUAACUGGAGCAGUAAUUUCAUCACUCUUUUUCAAAGGUCUUAAGAAUAAUCAGCAGGCUGUGUCAGCUCUUGCUCUAGCGUUCUUUUUAUGAUGGCAAUUGGAAAGCUCAUGUACUAUUGCUCAAUAGUUUGUGCAUGUAAAUUGAUGGCAUUAUAUUGCUGUAUGUCAACCUACUGUAUUUCAACCAACGCCUUUAAGGAGAAUUAAUGAAUACCAUCAAAGAAAUCAGUUGUGUUUUGAUAUCUAUUUGAUAUUUAUAAAUGUGGUGGGUGACACAUGAUAAGAAACCUUGAGUGUUUCAGGUGCUUGUAUGAUGUUACAAUCAAGGUGACUUUUUGGGUUUCAGUAUUUGACAAAUGAAAACUCAUUUGAGAAACAUAGUGGCUCAGAAGGUUGAGAGAAAGCCUUUGCUGGGGCCAAGGUGAAACCCUAAACACAGUAGGGGUGGUUUGCUUCACCUGUGGGAUCUGCUUUUUUGUGGAUGUGCAGUUGUUUCAUGUGAAGUAGAUUUGUGCCACAUCCUAAGGUGUCUCCUGAUAAUGAAAGAAUUCUUUUUCUGGUGUUUAUAGUUGAAAGAAAUCCCCAUUGCUCUGAUCACUGUCUUAAAAAUAUGUAACUGAAAAGACAGAGCAAUAACAAAAGUCUCCUCUUUGUUUUCUGUUGUUUUCUCCUUCCUUAAUAAAAGGAAAUCAGACACUCUCAGAGUUACUGAGCAGCUUUAGUAUUACUCUGUUUUUACUCUGUCAAGCUUGUCCUGAGUUAACAGGAGUUUUUCUUGUUAAAGGGCUGGUAGACAUGAAAUUGUGUUUAUUUUAAAAUACUGUAUUUUAUUGUAACUUAAAAUGUAAGUGUAUUUUCAUUUUUACUGUAUGUUAUCCCUAGGGAGAAAGAAAUGCAUCUGAUAAUGUGGUUACCCAGUUCUACUUGCUGAUAUUUUCUCAUUCGUGUACUUUUACAUAAAUUAUUUGAAUUCCAAAAA